AUGACAGACAAUGACACCCCCAUCUCCACCUCUGUGGUGGAAGAGACCGAGGAGGGCGCCUUCGCCGAUGAGAAGAAGGCUGCCGACAUCCACGAUGUCGAGGUCGCCCCGGGCUUCGUCGCCGGGAAAGAUUUUGAAGGCCAUUACAAGGAUGUCCCGCUCGGAGAAGGCAUUGUGCCCGAUGAUAAUGACGAGUUCAUCGAUCCCCGUUUGAGUAACUAUCCUGUUCCCGAGGUCGCCAAAACCGUCGAUCUGAGGAAUGACCCGACUGAACCGAUUCUCACAUUCCGGUUCUGGACAUUGUCUACAUUUUGGGUGCUUGUCGGUUGUGCGCUGUCCACCUUCUACUACUUCAAGCCAUACUACAAUAGCAUCACGAGCUAUGCCGUCCAGUUGCUGUCCUGGGGCAUGGGUGAUGCCAUGGCGCGCUACCUUCCCACCCGUGAAAUGAAUUGGUUUGGAUGGAAAUGGUCAAUGAACCCUGGGCCUUGGAACGCAAAGGAGCAUGCCUUGAUUGUCGUUGCAUACUGGGGGAGUUGCUACACUGCCUACGGCUUGGGCCCCCUGUCUGCCAUGGAACUAUACUAUGGCGAGAAGCUCAAUGCAGGAUGGUCCAUGUUCUUCCUCGUUGCCACGCAGAUGAUCGGCUACGGCUUUUGUGGUCUCUUCCGUGACAUUCUUGUUCGCCCCCCGACGAUGUAUUAUCCGGGUGUCUUGCCCAACGUGUCUCUCUUCAAUGCAAUGCAUCGGAGCCCGUCAGCUACCAAGAAAGCUCUGAAAUACUUUGCAAUUGUAGCCAGCAUUACCUUCUGCUGGGAAUGGGUCCCAGAACUGUUCUUUCCGUUGCUCGCGUCUCUUCCGAUCGUCUGCUGGGCUGGACAUGGUAACUGGAAGGCAUUUGUUCUUGGGUCGGGUUACUAUGGAUUCGGAAUCCUUGACUUCUCUCUGGAUUGGAACUACAUCUCGUUCUUGUACCCAUACUACACGCCUCUCUGGUCGAGCUUGAACCAGGGCCUCUUUGCCUUGUUUUGCAUGUGGCUCCUCUAUCCGAUAAUCUACUUCACCAAUACAUUCAAUGCGUUGAACUUCGCCCCCAUGGACACCGACACCUAUACAUCCAAUGGCAGCACCUACGACGUGUCAGCCAUCGUGACUGUCCAACGUACGCUAAACGAGACAGCGCUGGCCGAAUACGGCAAACCCUACUGGGCCCCCUCCUAUGUGUUCUUCUGGUUCUGGACAUUUGCCGCGCUGACGGCUUCGAUGACAUACGCCAUACUUUGGUACGGCAAGUCAGGCUGGGAAGACUUCAAGAACGCCUGGAACAACACGCGCAGCGACUAUGAUGACCCCUACAUCAAGCUCAUGGACUUCCAGAAGCGAGUGCCUCACUGGUGGUACAUUGUCCUGCUAGUGCCGUGUGUAGUGAUCGGUAUUGCCCAGGGGUACGAGGGCAACAUGAAGAUGCCUGCGUGGGGGUUGAUUGUCAUUUGUCUCGUUUCAUUUGCAUUCACCUGGCCCAAUGGUAUUCUCUGGGCCAUUGCUAACACUCAAAUUGGCAUGGGCUCUUUCAGUGAUCUGUUGGCCGGUCUAAUGUUCCCAGGCCAGCCGGCUGCCGUGUUGGCCUCGUACACCUACGGCUACACUGUGCUGGAGCAGUGUCUGAACCUGAUCUCGGAUUACAAGUUUGGCUUCUACAUGAAGAUACCAGAGCGCGAGAUGUUCUGGGGACAGGUCUAUGGCACCCUGCUGGGCCCAUUCAUCAACUACGGCUUCAUGCAACUGAUUGUGGACCGUGAGCGACCCUACUUGAUCGGCCAGCGCUCUUCAGAAGCCUGGGAUGCCGUGCAGACGCGCUCUUACUACUCCCAAUCGAUUAUCUGGGGGAUCCUCGGCCCCAAAAGGUUUUUCAACGAGCAGUAUCCCUGGGUGUACUACUCGUUUAUCAUUGGGCCCGGUCUUGUCUUGCUCGUCUGGCUGGUGCAGAAAUGGAAGCCCAAAUGGAACAUGGAGCAAUGGUUCAAUCCGUCUCUGAUGUUCCUUGGUGCCACACUCUUCCCGCAGUAUCAGACGGUCAACUUCUUCAUGUCCUUAUUAGCCUGUAUCCUCUUCAUGGGUAUUCUCCCGCGUUACGCCCCCGUGUGGUGGAGAAAGUACAAUUAUCUCACGGGUGUUGGUUUGGACUGCGGCACUCAACUGAUGACCUUGGUCUGUAUCUUUGUCGUCAAUCUGCCCAAUCUAUCCUUCCCAGCGUGGUGGGGAAACAACAGUGAGGCAACAGACAGAUGCUUCCCUCCUGCGGACCUGCCUCCGUAUGCCUUGAACUAA